CCCGUUAUUAGGCGUUACCGGUAUUUAACAUUACUAGUACCUAGAGCAAGAAUAAUUGUUAAAAAAAAAUAGUAGGAAGGUCAGAAACAAUGUAUAUAUAUCGGGGUGAACGGUUCUGUAAUUGUACUGUUUCUCAGACAUAUCUCAACAUGAACGCUUUGGUCCUUGCUCUCUUCGCCACCUUGGCCGUAGCCUCAGCCGCCCCAAGCUGGGGACACGGAGCUCUUUUGGCCGCUCCCGUAGCUCAUGGAGCCGUCCUCGCCGGACCCGUAGCUCACGGAGCCGUUCUUGCUGGACCCCACGCCCCUGGAGCCGCUGUCAUUGGACCCGUAGCAGGAGCUAGUGCUGUCAUUGGACCCCGUGCUGGUGGUGCUCUUGUUGCUGGACCCGUAGCUGCUCCUAGCGCUGUUAUCGGACCCGUAGCUGGACCUAGUGCUGUUGUUGGACCCGUCAACCAUGGUGCCCUCAUCACCCCUGCUAUUGCUGCCCCAUCUGUUAUUGCUGGCCCAGCUGUUGGAGCUUGGGGUCUCGGUGGUCAUGGUGCUUGGGGACUCGGUGCUGGUGCCUGGGCUGGUCAUGGAUGGGCCGGUCAUGGAUUAGCCGGACACUGGUAAACCUUCAACAAAAAGAAACACUGCCAUACAAAACCGUAAAUAUUCCAGUCAAAAUUCAAUAAAGAUGGAACACUUUAUUACUCUCUUUCUUCUAUUCCUUCUUCAACUUCUUCUUCCAUGUACAUCUUUACAAUCACCUAGAUCAUUAGUUUUCAAUUUCCAUCCCACAGCCAGAAAAAGGCCGCCUGAAAACUAAUUUAUCUGAUCUCACGAUCUGUCGAAGUGAUCCUCCUGUUGGAUCUUUCACUGGAAAUUUUUACGAAGACGAUCUAGCUCAAGUUUGCGGAAAAUGUAUAGAUAUUAUUAGCAAUGUUUAAAUGUAUGUACUACGGUUGUGAAAUUUUGUUAUUAGUAUUUAUUUGCAAUAUUUGCUCAAUAAAGAGUUUAAAAAUAA